AACAAGACCUCAAAUAUUGUCCAUUUCCGUUGUGCAUGUUUUCUUAAUCAAUCAUGGGAGAUCAUAGACAAUUUUUUCGUUUCCGACUUCCUUGGCUAUCCUCCACUGCUUCCCGUAAGGCAACAGAACCCCAAGCGCCCCGUCCCAAUGCUCAAGCACAAUCCCAAGGCGCUGCUCAGCCAACGACCAACAUCUCUGUUCAGCGGCCUCCAUUUCGGCCUGCAGGGAUAGCGCAGGCACAGUCGCCACCUCCACAGGCUCAAGCACCACAAGCAAGAACAGAACCUCAGGCAACAGCACCGCCACGUGCGGCAGGUGAAACGCGGGCAGCUUUACAGCCAGCAGCACCAGCUCGUCCAGCAACUCAAAUAAGAGAUGCUGCUUUGCCGCCAUCACCAUCUCGUGGAGUUGCUGAAUCUAGAGCCACUCAGCCAGCAUCACCAGCUCGGGGAACAACUUCAACCAGAGCCGCUGUUCCACCUCCAUCACCGCUUCGCGGGUCCGCUGAAUCUAGAAUCACUCCACCAGCAUCAACGGCUCGUAGAACUCAAAAUCGGGCAUCCUCUCAAUUCCAAUCACCAUCUCGUGCAGCCACACAAUCAAGGGUUGCAUCUUUGCCCCCAUCACCAUCCCGCACCACUUCCCAGUCCCAACAAACAGCACAGACAGCCCACAAGCCACCAUCCCCAUCUCGUUUGGCCUCUCAGAUUGCAGGCCAAACAUCCUCACAACCAUCUCCGACACGCAAAGCCACCACUCGAGCUCCUGCAAUGACUGAAGCAGUAUAUAAACCCCCCUCUCCAGCAAAGCAAUUGCAAGUAACAACAGAAGACAGCCCCAAGCCCCCACCAUCUGCCUCUCAAGAGGAACCAAAACUGGCAGCACCACCACAACCCUCAGUAGAGGCUCGACCAAAACCAAAAAGCAAGUCUGAAGAUCGGAGAAAAACUCCAACUGAAACUGCCAUUCAACAACCAUCCAAGGUGGCAGUCCAAUCUCCCCAAGCAUCAGUCCCGGUUGCAGAAACAGUACCAAUUUCGACAGUGGCCGUAAAAACAUUUGCUGAAUCAUCCGAGUCGAAUAAAAGAGAAGAAGGGAAGAAAGUUGAAGGGCUAAUCAUAGAGAAAGAGCUACCAGGCACCAAAUUGGAGGCAGGAGAAACACAGCCGGAAAGGCUAGAAGUUGCGACUGAGAAGCCAUGGAUAACCUCAACAACCGAUGAGAAGAAAAUUGACCCAGUGAGUUCAACACGUCCAGAGGACAGGCAUAAGCUAAGCAAUCAUCAUCAAAGGCAUGUUCCUGUCGACGUGGAACAAGUUCCCCUUCAACAAGGAAUCAGAGAAGAUGUUUCAAAGUUCGUUCAUAAGCUAACCACAGAGCAUCCAAAGCUGCCUAUGGAUGAAGAAUCAGUCAGAAUAGUAACCCUUGCGGGGGAAAACAGAGGAGCAUAUAUGAGCCUGGGUUCAGAAUCAGGGAAAAAGAAUGAAUCAAUACACAUUCACCGGGCUUACCUAACGAACCCAGAUGACAGCACUGAAGCAACUACAGAUGGGGAAAUAGGCUACAAAGGGAAACAGCCUAAAGACUCAGUGACCAAAGAAGAUUCAGCAUCAAAAGCAUAUGUAAACAGUAAUACACAGAGCAUCAAUAAUUCAAUUGUGUUUGACAGCUCCGUGACAGAAAGAAAUCCAGGAGUCAAGCUGGUAUUUUCUCAUAGUUUAGCAGAACAAACCAAGCCACGUACUAAGUCAGAACCUAUUGAGACAAAGAAGGCUGAGUUCAACAUUAUCCCAGCAGAGAAGCUUACUUAUGAUCCAUCAAUAAGAAGACGAUGCCUCAGAGGACUUUUCCUGGAACCAAGUGACUCAGAGCCAGAUAACCCUAAGGGGCCACGUCGUCAUGGAUGUAAAUAUAGCUGUGGAGAGAAGAACAAAGAUAAGGAAGGAGGGAUUUUCUAAACACGUAAAUCAGUGCAAAAUAAUUGCAUUACAGUAUGUGUAUGCGUGUGGAAGGAAUGAAUACAAUAAAUCAACAAUAAAGAUGGCAUUUCAUCCAAAAAUUUUACACCAACUGCCUGUUGCUUUAUCAUGUCAUCUGCAAUUUUCUAAACUUAAAAGAUAAAAUGCAUAGAUUGUGAUGAAGUUACCAGCUCUUAAGGAAUGUGGCUGGAAAUAUAUAGAUCGUGCCACU